GGGCGGGCAGAGCCGGAGCCCGGCGGCGGGAGCGGAGCGCAGCGCAUCCCGCAGCGGCACCGCCGCCUCCGCCCGCAGAUCCAGCGAAGCCCGCGGCAGCCAUGGCGCUGGUGAAGAGCGGUUGGCUUUGGCGCCAGAGCUCCAUCCUGCGCCGCUGGAAGAGGAACUGGUUCGUGCUCUACCUGGAUGGCAGCCUGGUUUACUACCACGAUGAGACACAGCGGGACAUGGACGGCCGGAUCCACAUCAAGUACAGCUGCCGGGACGUGCGGAUCGGCCGCGAGUGCAAAGACGUGCAGCCGCCCGAGGGGAGGAGCCGCGAGUGCCUGCUGACCGUGGUGCUGCGGGACGGCUCCAAGACCACGCUGUGCGCCGAGAGCGAGGACGACGCCGUUGCUUGGAAGAUGGCUGUGCUGGAGGCUAAAUCCACCCCGGUGCACGUGUACGACCCCUACGACGACGACUACUACCAGACGGUGCCCCUGGACUCGCACCAGGCCGCCUACAUCAGCUCCGGCCACUACGGCCCCCAGUACGGAGCUCCCGGGGUGACCCACGUCAUCGUGCGCGAGGAUCCCUACCGCGUCUCCGGGGACCAGAUGGCGCUGGGGCUGCUGGCCGGGGCCGCCACUGGCGCCGCCCUGGGCUCCUUCAUGUGGAUGCCCUGCUGGUUUUAGUGGCUGCCCGACUGAGCCACGGCCUCCCUUCGCUCCCCAGCCCUGUCCUGGACCCUGCCCUGAGCGCCCUCAGCCUCCCCACAGGGACAGACUCCCACACGUGCCCUGCUCCCGGCCCCAGCUUCUGCAUUAAACAUCCCCCACGUGCUUCAGAGCCUCCCAAAACCCUCUCCAGAACCCCACAGCACCCAAUUCCCAUCAGCAAAGGUUCCCUGGGCCGUUAGAAGAGCUUCCCCAUCCCAAAUCUCCACAGGGAGCCGGCUGCAGAAAUUCCGGGUUUGGGAGAAGGGGAAAGUUUAAUUCUUUUAAUUUAAUUUGGGGGGAAGUGGCUGGAUCUUUUUUGGCUGGGUGAACCCCACAAUGCAGAGGCUUUUAAGGGAAUUUUUGGCAGCAGAGGGCACCACAGGGAUGCUCAAGAGGUGGAUGAAAGAUUAAGGAGGAUGAAACCCUUUGCAGGAUUUCUACCCCUUUCCAACGUGCACCGGUCCCCUGGGCCUGGCCAAGUUGGAGAAAUGGUGCAAAACCCUCAGGAACUGGAGUUUAAACCUUGGGAAUGAGGCUGAGAAGAGCCCAGGGAAUAUCCCAACCUCUCCAGCCAAGUGGGAGGGACACCCAGCAUCCUCAGUUUCACCCUGAUUUUCGGGAUGGGCAGAAGGGCAGCUCUCCAUGGGGACCAGGGAGCCUUUCUGGCAGCCAAGCCAGGAUCUUCACAGCAGGGAUUUGGGAUUGAGGGGACACAGCAGGGACCUGGUCAGGCCAGGGGACAAGCAGCACUCAGGGUUUUGGUUGGGCAAUGGAAGAGGUGAGGAACAGCUGCCCAGUGUCACUCCUAGAGCCAGGAUGGGACCCUGGAACCACAACUGACAUUGAGUUUAGGAAUUACAGCCCCACAGCUGGAUGGGAAACCACCAGUGACACCAGCACCCCAGCCUGCUCCUGCCUUUAGGUCAGUUCCUGUGCCCAUCAGGGGACUGGGAUAUCCCACACACCAUCCUCAUCCUCUCCUGCAUUCCCUGCCUCCCUGCUGCUGCGCACCCGCUCCCGGAAAGGGGAAAAAUACAAAAAAACCUCUUUGAAUUCUAAUAAAGGCACUGAAAAACCA